CCAACCACCACGCUGUCGUCACUGCUCUGGCUUUUCUCCCUGUGGUCACCGUACCACCAUGGAUAACCACGGCAGAACCACCACCAACAAUUAUAGGCGGGUGUGAUCCAGACAGCGGCCCCUUAACAAUGCCCCCAUUCUUCAACACAUCUGACUACGUUCAGUCAUCAUCUUAUCCAGAAGAUCUUAUUCGUCAGAUCAUGGCGGAUAAUAACCUAGACUACGACACACUUGAGGCUUCGGAAACCACACAACUGACUGGUGAUGGAAGUCCGCCUACUUGUGCUAACCCUCCACGGCCUGCGGCAAUUUUCGGCGGUAAUGGACAAUCAAACGUGGACUGCUACCAGUUACGCCUCCCUUAUGCCUGUUGCACCGUGGACUGGGAAUCAGGAAUAUGUACACCUGUAAGCAUGGCGCCUGUGUGUGUGACAGUAGUCUGUGAAGACACUAGGGAAGUCCGCGAGCACCUUGUGGACAUGCUUCGUCACUGUGGCUGUAUUAAGAAAUAA